AUCUGGACAUUAUCCUGCCGUAACUCCUCCGCAGAGAAGCUGUUGUGUGGUUCUCCGUCCCGCCUUGUUUCGUUUCAAUCUCUUCUUCCACCAAAUUUGAAACCCAUUUCAAGGCUGUAGAAGAUUCAGGGCGCAUGUAAUCACAACUAAGUGGAGCUUUCAAACUUUGUGCCUGAACGUUUGCGUUUUCGGACUUGCGAUUUGAUGCGCUCCCCCCAUCCCCAUGCCUUUGUCAGGUUUUGCAAUUUCGCAGCCUUGUUCUUGUUUCUCCAACAAUUUAGCAGAAUUUAGGUACGAAGCCAGUGGGCAUAGCCAAUUUGUGGUAGGAAAUGAUAGGGGAUUGGGGUCUGCAUUUUAUUGGAAAACAUUGUGUAUCACCAAAAAGGUGGGUAAAAAAAUUGAUUUCGGAAGAGUUGAGGUAUGGCGAGGUGGGCUGAUGGUAAAGGCAGUUGCUACUUUCGAAAUUGCCAAAAAGGAGGGGGUGAAGGGCUAUCGGAAUUUUUUGAGGAUGGAUAUGGAUUCAGGAAGUUCUAAUGGUCCAGCAUUUGAGAUGGAAUCUUCAAGUAAAGACUCAAAAGAAGUGAAUGAGAGAGAGAAGUUGAGACGGAAGAGGAUUUCAAAGGCAAAUAAAGGCAAUACCCCUUGGAACAAGGGUAGGAAGCAUAGUCCAGAAACAUUGCAGCGGAUUAAGGAGCGAACCAGGCUUGCAAUGCAAGAUCCAAAGGUCAAGAUGAAGCUAAUUAACUUGGGGCAUGCUCAAAGCGAAGAAACAAAGGUGAAAAUUGGAAUGGGUGUCCGACUGGGGUGGGAAAGACGCCGUGAGAGAUUACGCGUGCAGGAGACGUGCCACUACGAGUGGUUGAAUCUGGUCGCAGAAGCAGCCCGAAAGGGCUUUCUGGGCGAGGAAGAACUGCAGUGGGAUUCAUACAUGAUCAUCAGCAAGGAGCUCGAACAAGAAUGGCUACAGAGCGUCGAGGAGAGAAAACACAUGCCGAAACCAAAGGGGAACAAAAGAGCGCCAAAGUCUGCCGAGCAGAAGAGGAGGAUUUCAGAGGCCAUAGCUGCCAAAUGGGCAGAUCCCGAUUACCGGGAUCGUGUUUGCACAGGCCUGUCUAAGUUUCACGGCACAGACGUGGUUGCAAGAAAGCCGAGAACACCGACUACCCGCAGCAGACCAACUCAAAGAAGUCGUAGAGAAAAGGACAACGCAAGUAACCUUGAGAAGCGCUGCACAAUCCAAGUUCAACGACCACGGUUAAAGUCGCCUAGAGGACCAUCUUACAAAGAUCCAUUAGCAAACUCCAAACUCGAGAUGAUAAAGGAUAUCCGAGCACAGAGGGCUGCUGCUGUGACCGGAAGAAGCGAAGCCGUAUUCAAGGCAAAGUUGUUGAUCUCCGAAGCAGAGAAGGCUGCCGCCGCCCUCGAGACUGCCGCCAAAAGUAAUCCUCAAAUUCAGGCCUCCCUAGCAGAAAGUCGAAAGCUAAUUGCCGAGGCGAUUCAGUAUAUCGAAUCAAUCGAGAGCGAAGAUCCCGUUUCUUUCGACAACCAAACCAAUCUUUCAGAGCCGCGGAACGAAGAACAAACGAAUCAAAUUAACCAAGCUACGAACGGUGUGAUCCACUCGAAGCUAAAUGGAGUCCACAGCGCCUUUUCGGGAGAUAUCUUCGUUCCUAACAAGUUCGUCUUACCCGAGCUGCUCAACGGAAAUGUUCCCGAGCUGGUCAACGGAAAUGUUCCGAACUCUCAUCACAGAUCCGAUCAGCAGGCAAGUCUUCUCUCACUCGAGUUUAAUCAUAAUGUGAAUCGUGUCGAUCUUGGAAACGAGCAUUUAGACGAAGCCUCGAUGGGUCGAUUGGAGUUUCAACCAGAGAACGGCGACGCACCCACGAAAGAUUCCCGGACGAUCAAGAAAUGGGUCCGAGGGAAGCUCGUCGAAGUCUCGGAAGAAACCAACUUGUAAUCCGUUUUGCGUUUGCGUACUACUUUAAAUAGCAGUGUUCGAGAUUCGAUAAAUAGCUGUGUUCUUGGUCGCGUAAGUGUUAGAAAAGUAUAGAGUGGUGUAUUGUAGUUCUUUGUAUCAAAUUUUUUGGUGCAGAAUAGAUCGAAUGCAGCUCAAAUCGGCCUAGUUAUUAUUGUCGUUACAUUAAUGUUUUACUGAAAAUGUUCUGUAAAAUUUUACUAGAA